ACCCGGAUGUAGUAGUAAAUCACGUGGCCAGAUGUGAAGCACAUUGUUCCGCGGCAUGUUUCAUAUUUGUGUUGAAUGAGAAGAAAGUUGUUGUUUUCUUGCACAGUUGAUAUUUCCUAUUUUUAACUGGAACGAUCUUGCGCGCAUUGUAUCUGGAGAAAGAUAAAUACAUCACCAAUUGAGGACUUUCCCGUCUAGAGUUCAGUUCGUGUGUAAAUGGCUGGAAUUCUGUUCGAGGAUAUCUUCGAUGUGAAGGAUAUUGAUCCAGAUGGGAAGAAGUUUGAUCGAGUAUCUCGUCUUCACUGUGAAAGUGAGUCUUUCAAAAUGGACCUGAUCCUUGAUGUGAACAUCCAGAUUUAUCCUGUUGAUCUCGGUGACAAGUUCAGACUGGUGAUCGCCAGCACGCUGUUUGAGGAUGGGACGCCGGAUGACGGGGAAUACAAUCCUCAGGAUGACAGACCGUCCAGGGCUGAUCAGUUUGAUUAUGUCAUGUAUGGAAAGGUUUAUAGGAUUGAAGGAGAUGAAACCUCAACAGAAGCGGCAACACGACUAUCUGCAUAUGUGUCUUAUGGAGGUCUGCUAAUGCGACUUCAGGGAGAUGCUAAUAAUCUGCAUGGUUUUGAAGUGGACUCCAGGGUCUAUCUACUGACGAAGAAACUUGCUUUCUGAUCGCUUCUAAGGACUAAGAGAUCAUGUGAAUUUUUAUUAUUGUUAUCAUUUUAGUUUUUUCCUUCUUUACCUUUGAGUUUCCUGUUGUGGAAACUGAUCUGGAAACUGUAGCCCAUGGUAAAUUACGUGAAAAAAUAUAUAUGUGGUUUUAUAUUCAAAUCAUACGAAUGCUCAGUUGAUAAACUGCUUUUUCAUUGCAUCUAGUGCAUGUGCACUACUUUGGCCAAACGUAUUGAUUGAAUCCCUGUUGAAUCACAUUAAUGACAACAGAUACAUGUCUUAUUUUGUAUGUUUCUUUUCUUUUAAACCGUUUAUCAGUAAAUUAGAAAUUGUGUUUUACUAGUAAUAAGCUCCGGAGGCAUAUCUUAAGUCUGAAAUGCUCUAAGAUGAGGGGAGAUAGUAAAUGAGACUUGGGGAAAGAUUCCUAUGCAUGCAUAUAAUAAUUUCAUCCUGUGGGCUGUGUGAAUAUAAGCAAAUACAAAAAAAUAACAGACUAAGCAAAGAUUGCAUCACAACAUAAAUGGGAAUCCAAUUUAAUCUGAUUUAAACUACAUGAACAGUGUGAGGACUAUAAUGGAAAUCACAAGACGGCUCAAUGGCACAAGUUUGCAGUCCGAUGAGGGGCCUGAAUGUAAUAUUUAACCCCCGAUUAUCUCUAUACUGUCAAAUAUGAAAGAAUUUUACAUUAUAGUUCAAAAUAUUAGGCACGUUUUUUGAAUGGUAAACAAAAACUCAUAAAUCAGGGCAUUCUUUUUUCAUUCUUUUUUUGUAACCGAUAAGGGAAAAAUUCUUAUGAAAAGAGAAACACGAACUACAACUGACUUCAGCCACAGCCUUAGAUGAAAUCAACUGUUUAGGGGGAGUUCAUUUUUGCCUCCUAAACACCUUUGAGCAGGGCUGGACUGGGACAAAAUAUUGGCU